AUGGCCGAAGAAGCACACAAGUCUGCGCCGGCGGAGGUCCAAGAUACGGCCUCAGACGCGCCUGUAAAGCGUGUGUGGUAUCACAGCACCCUGUUCAAUGCCUUCGUCAUUGGAGGAGUCGGCUUUAUGGCGCCUGGUCUUUGGAAUGCGAUGAACGCACUUGGCGCAGGUGGUGCCCAGGAGCCUUUCCUUGUCAAUGCCGCCAAUGCGCUUGUCUUCGGUCUCAUGGGCUUCCUCUGCCUGUUUGGUGGACCCAUCGCGAACCGCAUCGGACUCUCGUGGACACUUUUGCUGGGCGCCGUUGGCUACCCCCUUUACUCGGCUGGUCUCUACACCAACAACCGCUUCGGCAACGUGUGGUUCGUGCUGGUUGGGGCGGUCGCUUGUGGCAUCUCCGCCGGCCUGUUCUGGGCGUCUGAGGGUGCUGUUGCACUGGGUUACCCGGAGCCAUCGAAGCGCGGCAAGUAUAUGAAUAUCUGGCUCUGGUUCAGAACCGGUGGUCCUCUUGUUGGCGGUGCUAUCGUCCUGGCACUCAACAACAAUGCCGCCGCGAAAGCAAAGGGCAAGGUCGGAUCCCAGACCUACCUGGUCUUCAUUGCAUUGCAAUGUCUGAGUAUCCCUCUUGCCCUUGCCCUUUCACCUCCCGAGAAGGUCCAACGAUCCGAUGGCAGCAAGGUCAUCAUCAAGGCAGAGAAGUCUUUCAAGGCUGAGUUCCAGGAGCUGCUCCGCGUCUCUAAGAGAAAGGAUGUCCUUCUUCUUCUGCCAAUCUUCUGGGCUGCCUAUUUCAACCAAUACAGUGGGAACUUCCAGUCAUACUACUUCGGUGUCCGAGCUCGCGCUCUCAUCGGUUUCGUCAGCAAUUUCGGCACCCUUCUCUCGUCGCAGAUCAUUAGCAUGCUUCUUGACCAUAAGAAGCUGAGUGUUAAAAAGCGCAUCAACUACGGCUUCUACUACGUCAUUGUGUGGCACAUCAUCGCCUGGAUCUACGGAUGGGUCAUCCAGGAAAAGUACACCCGCAACCCCCCUGCGUAUGACUGGGAGGAUAAAGGCUUCGUGGAGGGUUUCUUUGUGCUUUUACUCUGGGACUUUGCCCGCCAGGCACUCCAGAACUGGCUAUAUUACCUCCUGGCUACCAAGACUGACAACAUCUCGGAGCUCGCGCGCUUUUCGGGCGUCUUGCGAGGCCAGGAGAGCUUUUCCCAGGCCAUUUCCUUCGGCUUGAACACCCAGAAGUGGAAGGGGGGGCGAGUACCGCUGGCUGUCAACACGAUUCUUUUGGUUCUGUCCGUUUACCCUACCUGGCUCGUUGUCAGAGAUCAUGUCCCGGUCGAGGAAGACAAGCUAGCGACCGUGGAAGAGCAAUCGCAAACGGGAGAGAUUGCCGAUACUAGAUUAUCUGCAGAUGAGAGGAAGGAGUUUGCAAUCGGCCAGACCGGCCUCGGAAGAGAUGCAAAGAUGUAA